ACGGAGCAGUCUCACAAUUGUGAGCUCUCUUUUUCCUCCCUUUCUCUUUGCGUCUCCUCUCUCUCAGUCUCGCCGGCUCGCUCCCUCUUGAUAUGCAAGGAAAGUAACAGAGGCUUUCCUCUAUUCCUCCUCUUUGUGUGGUGGAUAUCCAUCUCUCUGGUGCAUCUGUUAUGGUUGAUGUCCACCAAAACCUUUUUCGAUGACUGCAUCUACAACCCAACACGUUAUGCUCCCAGGAAGCCGGAAUCCAGGCAGCACCGGGGCUCCUAUCUACCAUCACGAUGUCCCUGGAUACAGCUCCAAUUACCGAAAGAAGUCGGGAGGAAAAAACUGCUUUAGGUGCAUUUGUUGCUGUUGUUGCUGCCUCUUGCUACUCAUUUUCAGUCUUGCCAUCCUUACUUUCUUUCUGUACAACAUGUACAAGCCAAAAGUCCCUUCAUACAAUAUAGAGGACCUUCAGGUCAAAUCCUUUGAUCUACAGCCUGACUCCAUCCUCAAAACUGAGAUUUUGGUAAAUGUCAAAGCUGACAACCCAAAUAGCCACAUCGGGUUUACAUAUGGCAACGACAGCUCUGUUGAUGUUGUCUAUUCUGAUACCAAUCUUUGCACCGGAAAACUCCCAUAUUUCUAUCAGGGCCACGAAAACACGACUUUAAUGAUGAUUGAUUUGGUAGGGGAAAGUGAGCUUGGAUCGGGAGUUCAGGAGGAUUUUGCACAACGUCAAAAGGAAGGGAAGAUUCCAUUGCUUGUGAAGGUAAAGGUACCCCUAAGAAUCGUGAUUGGAAACAUGCCACUCAGGCAAUUCAAGGUUUUUCUCAAUUGUUCUCUUGUAGUUGAUAACCUGACUCCAAACAAGAAAGUUGGGGUCCUAUCAAGUAACACUACACUUUAUUUUGAGUUCUGAGGUUCACAAUAAAAACCAAUACUUGUUUGGGUCU